AUGCUUCCAUUACCGGGGAUUCAGAACCAAUCGUCGGGCUCUCGACUCUCCCUGUCCUCCAUCACGAACAGUCUGAGCUCGAAAAAGUCCAACCUGUCUUUGGGGUCGGGACGCGACCACGCCUCGCGAUCCGACGACGAUGAUCCGCACCGGAAACGUCAACACCGAUCGGGACCAUACGUCCUCCUCCACAAGUUGUCCCUCCUCCUCCCUCUUCCGAUCCAGAAUGUCAUCAACCAACACAGUGGAUACCUGCAACCGAUCGGCCUACUCUUCGCGUUGAUCGUGAUCUACCUGCUCGUCCUCGCGCCUUCGUCGAGCUCCUACUCGAGCCCGUACAACAGCAACGGAUCCAACUCGCCACAAGCCAAACCCAAGAAUCCUCUACUCGCAGCCGUCAAACGACGCGUCCUACCCGCUGGAUGGAGAUUCGGUCUCCCCGGAGUAGGGGGCAGGGACCCUGUUCUGCAUGAACCUCUUCGCUGGCAGCCGCUUCACUCGGUCGUCAAUUGGGGUGACCACGUCGGAUUGGGCAGGGCGCGCCAAGGCGUAUUGGAACAUACGCCCAAGGUCUACAACGAUAUCACGGACCGAGUCGAGGUCAAAGGGCUCUCGGAUGAACCCUGGUACCGAGUCAGGAAGAGCGAUUUGCCGAUCGGCAGCGUCGAGGCAUGGGCCACGCUGAUGAAGGACCGCGAACAGAUGUCGCCCUCCGAGCUCGAGAAGAAGCGUGAGGGCGGCCUCGGGAAUGAGCGGAGAGGUGUCAUGGGUGGCGCUUCGGUCGAAUGGAGUACGGGCAUUGUCGGGAGUGGGGUUUGGCUCGGUGAAGGUGCCGACAUGAGAAAAAUUGCGACCUCGCCCGAAGCACUGCUGGCGCGGAUGCAGAAGGAGGAGCAACUGAAGAAGGCGAGUCGACUCUCGGGACGUGAUGGCGACGAUUUCGAAGAAGAAGAAGAGGAUCUCGAAGAAGGCGCUGGACUCGCCGAAGUCGACGCGAUGAAGGCUGAACAGGACAAGCUCGAAGAGGAUGAAGCGAAUCUCACGGACGAGGAGCGAGAGGAGGCCGAAGACAUCCGCGAGGUCAUGGAGAUGAUGAAGCCCAAGUCCCCGCGGCACGCUUUAGAGCAAUUCAUCCUGGAAAAGGCAUGGGAGUACCUUGACGAAGAAGACGAGGUCAACACAAAAAAUAUCAUGGAGGAUGCGAAGAAGAGAGGUAGCGUCGAUCACCUGCCCUUGAGGGAUCAGGUCAGGGACGACGAGGGCAAGAGGAAGGAGGCGGCCGAAGCAUGGAGCAGGAUCUACGCUAUCAGCGAUGGUGAGAGGGUCAAGAGUGCUUUGGAGGUGCAGCUUGAAAAGCUGGUGCGGCGAGUUCCGAUCGUGGUCUUUUCGCAAUCCGACUGCACGUGAGUUGUUCUCUUUCAGUCCUCCCGACGCGUCGAGUCGGAUCCGAGCUGAUGGCGUUCGUUUCGUCGCGCAGACCGUGCAAAUGGGCCAUCGGCUACCUCAAGGAGCUCAAGCUAUCACCAGAGCCGUAUGUAGUGAUGGUCGACCAACGACGUGAGUCCUUGCUUCAGACUCGUGCGUUUGCUCCAUGGGACCUUACCUCCAUCAUCCGCCGCAGCCGACCAAAAACCUUUGAGUGCACUCCUGUACCGACGGACCGAUCACCAAGGGUACCCCAAUAUUCUCGUCGGAGGCCGCUCCAUCGGAGGCUCAAGUGAGCUCGAAUACCUUGCCGAGCAGAAACAGCUCGCAGCGUUGUUGGACGAUGCAGGGGUUCAGCACAACAUCGAGCGGAAAAAGCGGAGGAAAAAGAAGAAGACCAAGAAGGUGGUGGAGCAUGAUGAGGCCAACUGA